CGAGUUUCCUAUUUCCGACUAAUACAUGAACGCGGCAUUACACUUUCAGGCUACAGAACUGAAAAACAGCAAUUGUAACAGUUGUUGUUAUAGUAUAGAGCAAUAUAGGAGUACCUAUUCAUCACUUCACCUUCACGGACAGGUUUGUUCAGUGCCUAUCUAUUCAGUGUUGACCAACAUUGAUUAGCCACACCUUCACCAUGUUGCACUGGCCAGAGAGCCACCAGGUGGCUAUGGUGUCAGUCCUGCUGUGCUGGUUGACCCUGUGCUGGUGCAGCCCUGACCCCAGGCUCAGAGAGUAUCUGAUGCAGCAGGAGGCCUCCCGGCAGACAGGGGGCAGACUGCUGCUGACAGAGGCAGAGCUGCGGCUCAGUGCACAGCUGCACAAACUGAAGGAGCAGGAGAUGAAGAGCUCGGACUUCCCUCCUGCCUUGCACUUCUUCAAGGCAAAGCCACUCAUCCAGCGCAGCCUCAUCUACAGCCUACUGCAGAGGAUGCCCAAAGGAGCAGCACUUCAUGUCCAUGACUUCUCCAUGGUGGGAGUGGAGUGGCUGGUAAGGAAUGUGACGUACCGACCACAUUGCUACAUGUGCAUUACAGAGGACCAGUCAGUUCGGUUACUCUUCUCUUCUGGUCAGCCCAAACCAAAACCUCAGUGCUCUUCUUGGAUGCUGCUGGAGACCCUGAGGGCCAAAACCGGCAAUACCACUGACCUUGACAAUAGCCUCAUACGCAACCUCACACUCUUCACUGAGGACCCAGAGGCUGCCUAUCCCAGCCAAGAUGUCGUUUGGAAAAGGUUUGAGCAGGCGUUCACUUCGGCUUGGGGACUAGUCACCUACGCUCCGGUGUUCAAGGACUAUUAUUAUGAGGGCCUGAGGCAGUUCUACAUGGAUAGUAUCAUGUAUCUGGAGCUGAGGGCUUUGCUUCCAGAGACAUACGAGCUGGAUGGGAGCACACAUGACAGUGCCUGGGGCCUCAAGACCUAUCAGGACGUGACCAGGCAGUUUGUGUCAGAGCACCCAGACUUCCUGGGAGCUCGUGUCAUCUUCACUGUGCACAGGCGGCUGAACGCGUCAAUGGCAUGGAAGGCAGUGGAGGAGGCUAUGAACCUACAGAAAGCCUUUCCAGAGAUAAUGGCUGGAUUUGACCUAGUGGGUCGGGAAGAUAGUGGAAGACCCCUCUGGUACUUCAAGGAGGCCUUGUCUCUACCAGGCGAGAGAGGAGUCAACCUUCCAUUCUUCUUCCACGCAGGAGAGACUGAUGAAGAGGGCACUGAUGUGGAUGGGAACCUACUGGAUGCUUUACUGUUCAACACGUCUCGCAUCGGCCAUGGCUUUGCCCUGCUGCGCCACCCCGUGGCCAAGGCCCUCUCUAGGAAGAAAGGGGUGGCUGUAGAGGUGUGCCCCAUCUCCAACCAGGUACUGAAACUGGUCUCAGACCUGCGGAAUCACCCAGCUGCUGUUCUGAUGUCAGAGGGCCAUCCCCUGGUGAUCAGUUCAGACGACCCUGCCAUGUUUGGAGCUUCUGGCCUCUCCCAUGAUUUUUACGAGGCAUUUGUGGGUUUAGGUGGAAUGAACUCUCACAUAGGAACUCUCAAGGAACUGGCCAUGAACUCCAUCAGGUACAGCUCUCUGUCGCCACAGCUGAAGGAGAAAGCAUUGGAUUUGUGGCAGAGAAAAUGGGACAAGUUUGUCUCAGAGAACUCACAAUAGAGUCCUGUUGGAGCAGAGGAGUGGUCAUUCGGACGCUGACAGUGGGAUCACCCCAGUCUGUGAGCCUGUUGCUUGUGCCCCAUAGGAAGGGAAUGAUAUCUGGCAUGCUGGUACCAAAUGGACACACAAUUGGAAACGUUCAGUUGCAGAGAAUUGUAUUUGCACUGUAAUUGUGAAUUCAAUGGUAAGAGCACUGUGAGAAAAGGCUUACACUGAAUGAACUGACCAGCUAGUCUGAUUUCUUUAAUAGCAUUUUAUGCUGGUAAUGUGCAUUUGUUUUGUACAGAUUUAAUUCAUUAUACAGAUACUCUUAUUUUAACAAGGGACACGUUAUGACAAAUGCAUGCAGAACAGUAGGCAAUGCCUUAUUCAGACACACUUUUCUAUGAAGACUUCUGAUUAAAAAAAUACAGUUGUCAAAUAGUUUUGAAUUAAGGGAAGGAAAACAUCAGAAUUGUUAAUUUUUCCUUUGUUUAUCCACUUUUUAAUACAAGAAACAUUUUUCUAUAAUAGUCUAAUGCAUGGCAGAGUAAGGCAUCCUUUAUCGACUGCUGGUGUUGAACUGGGAGAAGUAACUGUCAUCUGGGAUGUUAGUGUACACCUUCUCCAAAUACUUUUUCCUGAAGAGAAGAAUGGAUUGGUCUAUAACUGAUAUCAAGAACAAAACUGUAGGCAUUUGAUAUGUCGUCUAUGCAGUGCUAUGGGCAGGUCAACAAGCUCUAGGGCUGGAUUCAAGCCGUAUCGCGGAAGAUCACGGUAAAUAUUGCAUAUGUCUGCUCAAUCGCAAAUUACCUUUACAUUUUAACGCUGAAUGAAGUCUCUGGACUAGGGAACAUUGUCUUUGAAAUUUCAAUCGAACGAUAACGCGGAUCUUCCGCAAAACGAAUUGAAUUGAGCUCCUAGUUGAUCAUUUGUAUGUCCAUUAACUGUGCUAAUCUUGUUGGUCAGUUUCUGCACAAUUUAAUUAUUUCUGAGCACAGAAGUGUUAAAGAAAAUAUUUUCAAAAGAAUGUGUGACAAACAAUGAUGCUGUACGGUAAUGAAGCGAAAAGUAUA